UCCCCAUUCAGAGCGCGAUGACGUCAGGGAAAAGGACGGCGCGACUGGCAGACAGACCGGACCCGGAUGGGCCAGUGUUCCAUACGGAGAUCUAGGGCUCGGAGAAAUAUCUGCAACCAUGCACCAGAAGCUGCUAAAAAGUGCCCACUACAUUGAGCUGGGUAGUUACCAGUAUUGGCCAGUUCUUCUUCCCCGGGGAAUUAGACUUUAUACCUAUGAACAGAUUCCUGUUUUUCUUAAAGAUAAUCCAUACAUUACCGAUGGAUAUAGAGCUUAUCUACCAUCCCGUUUAUGUCUGAAAAGCCUUUUCAUCUUGUCCAAUGAAACUGUGAACAUCUGGAGUCACUUGCUAGGCUUCCUACUAUUCUUUAGUUUAGGUAUUUAUGACAUGAUGUCUGUUUUGCCUUCUGCAAAUGCUUCCAGGGAAGACUUUGUUAUCUGCUCUAUCUGCCUAUUCUGCUUCCAGGUCUGCAUGUUAUGUUCAGUGGGAUAUCACCUCUUUUGUUGUCACCGUUCAGAAAAAACUAGCCGCCGAUGGAUGGCAUUGGAUUACGCAGGCAUUUCAAUCGGCAUCUUGGGUUGCUAUGUCUCUGGGGUGUUUUAUGCUUUCUACUGUAACAAUUACUGGCGUCAGGUGUACUUAAUUACAGUGCUUGCCAUGAUCCUGGCAGUGUUUUUUGCUCAAAUUCACCCCAGUUAUCUCACCCAGCAGUGGCAUCGACUGCGCUCAGUUAUAUUUUGUUCUGUGUCUGGCUAUGGAAUCAUUCCUACUGUUCAUUGGAUUUUGCUUAAUGGGGGUAUUGGCUCUUCCAUUGUGCAGGAAUUUGCUCCUCGAGUCAUUGUGAUGUACAUAAUUGCUGUAGCUGCCUUUCUGUUUUAUAUAUCAAAAGUUCCAGAGAGGUAUUUUCCAGGUCAGUUGAACUACAUUGGUUCCAGCCAUCAGCUCUGGCACAUACUAGCCGUGGUAAUGCUGUACUGGUGGCACCAGUCUACAGUAUACAUCAUGCAGUACAGACAUAGUCAGCCAUGCCCUGUACAUGUGGAACAUCUUUGAGGUCGGACAAUAAGACAUCUUACCACCUAUGUCUUAGACAGUGCGGACCAAACGCCUUCCUGUUCAUGAAGACAUCUUAAGCAUGGGGGAUGGUGCAAUAUGUUUGUUUUUCGGAUGACAGACACAGAAGACCUUCACCUAGAUUGCUUUUAGUAGUGAGAUGGGAUUUGAGGUCACACGGUACUGAAGAGUAUGCUGCUGGUGUCAAACUUGUGCUGCCCCCAGUGGCUUAUUUUUUAGGAAUAGUGGCAAUCUGUUCAGUAAGAAACUGCAGUUUCCACAAAUAUGCUUUAUUCCAUCCGAUACUGAUACAUUGCCUGUUAGGCAGCAAGUAGAGGUUUGCAGGGGCAGUGCUGGAACACAUUCCUUAAUCUGACAAUUACUUUCAGGUGCCAAAGUCUUUUUUGUUGUUUUUUUUUUUACAGAAUUUACCCUUUUCAAAUGACAAAUUAGUAUGACUGUAAACCUAAAUCAGUGUUUGUUUUUCAUUGCUUUCAGUCCCCGAGUUACAAACAUCAGAGUUGCAUAUGACUCAUACUUAAGAACGGAGGCAGCGUGCUGGUCCCGGAAACUGCCAGGCAGCCAUCUUGCUGCUCACCACAUGCUGCCACCUACUGUCCAGCGGACCUGUCAGCAAUCGCACAUCACUGCAUGGCCAGUUAACCCUUCCCUUUGGCUGGAGUUGCACCUAAAAAAUUUACCUGUUCCAACUUGCAUACAAACUCUACUUAAGAGAAAACCUACAGAACCUAUCUUGUUUGUAACACGGGGACUGCCUGCAUACGCAAAAUAUGUUAGAAUCAGUUUAAGUGUUUUCUUGGCUGUCACUGUUUUGGCUUUUUGCAGGUUCAGCAUUUACGGUAAGAUAAUAAGAUAUUGGAUACAGCCAUAUGGUUCAGUAGUGCAUGAAAAUCUUGCAACUAAAAAUUUUUUUUAAAGAACAAAUAUUACCAUUUUCACUUUCAUUAUGUUGGGUAUUAAGGUGUAUGUAAACUUAAAAAAACAUAAACAAAAUUCAAAAUGUAAUAUAUUGCAGCUUACCAGUCCGUCAGUGACUGCAUUUGUUUUAU